CCCAGGCAGCAGCAGAAGUUUGUCAGGACUUCCUCCUGUCUGUUAGUCACCAGUCUACUGCCGGAGGCUCCCAACGGUUUUACACAGAUCUUCCAUCCUGUCGAAAUGAAACGGAACUUUUACGGUACAAAACAGAACUGUUGAUUCUGAUGGACCCGUAACCUUCUUUCCAGAGACCACGAUGUGAAUAAAUAGUCACUUGCAGGAGUUAUUGGUGGAUUUUUGUGGUUACUGAAAGGCGGGACGUGGUCUGACCAUACUGGGGCGGAGGAGCGGUUGGUCAACCAUGCUGUGGCCAGGUUUAGCGCACUGGGUAGCGGCUGUGUUUCUCUGUCGGGUCGCCUCGGCGCAGUACACCAGCGACCAGUGCAGCUGGAGAGGAAGUGGUCUGACCCAUGAGUCUCACUCCCGUGAUGUGGAGCAGGUAUACCUGCGUUGCUCCCAGGGCAGUCUAGAGUGGCUCUAUCCUACUGGGGCCCUCAUCGUCAACCUGCGGCCCAACACGGAGCCCACGUCUGGGGCUUCCCCCGGCCUGCACGCCUGCAUCAAGCCCCAGACAGACUCCCUGAGAACAGCACAGAUAUUUCACAGCGCAUGGCAGGGUGCAGUGUUUCUCCCUGACAGAGGGGCGCUGUUCAUAGAGGCAGUGGGCCAGCAGGACAUCAGCAAGAGGAUCACAGUGUUUCAGUAUGAACUGGUGGCCAGCCACGGACCUGGAGCUCAUCUGUACCCACACCUCAACACUGGCACUGGUCCUGUACACCCUGUGUGA